AUGGCGAGUGAAGCUGGCUCAGUAUUGGGCACAUCAGCCACGCUCCUUGGACGCAUAUUCUCAAUCAUACUCGGCUAUUAUGUCCUCAAAUUUGUCUACCAGAUCAUCCAUUACCGCUUUUUCCACCCGCUAUCGAAGUUCCCUGGCCCUUUUUGGGCAUCCGCAACUCGGCUGUACAUUACCUUCUGGAAUCUGAAGGAGACUGAACAUGUGCACAUGCUAGAUCUCCAUCGUCAAUAUGGUCCUGUGGUACGCAUAACACCCACGUUACUCGUGGUCAGCGACGCGACAAAGCUCCCAACUAUCUACAGCCGCCAUGCAGACAAGACAAAGCACUACAUCACCGGCAGUUUCGGAAAGACUGAAAGUGUCUUCAACAUGCAGGACCAUCGCCAUCAUGCAGCUUCCCGCAAGCAAAUUGCUGGACCGUACAGUUUCACGAAUAUCAAGAAAAUGGAGCCGUUGAUUGAUGCGAGGAUCAAUGACUGGCUUAGAAAGAUGGCCGUAAACUUCGUUGAUUCUAAGCAAAGAUUUGACUUCGCACCCUGGGCAGUUUAUAUGGCCUACGAUAUCAUCUCUGAGAUUGGAUUCGGUGCGCCUUUUGGUUUUGUUGAAAAAGGUGCUGAUGUGGAAGGUUUGAUCCAAGGUUUCCACGAUGGCCUCCCGGCUUUCGGUUUAAUGGCAAGGCUGCACCCUUUCACGACUUGGAUCAAGACUACAUGGGUUGGCGAGAAGUUUCUGGUCGCGAAGCCAGAAGAUGCAACUGGUAUUGGUACGUUGAUGCGCUUUCGCGAUCGUCUCAUCAGCGAGAGAGUCGAUAAUAUGGCCGCGGGAACUACUGACGGGCGAAUUGACCUGUUGCAAACAUUUCUCGAUGCACGUGAUGAGGACGGCAAAGCUAUCGAGAUGGAUCGCAUCAAAGCAGAAGUGCUCCUGGUGAUGCUGGCGGGCGCCGAUACUACAGGCACUUCCUUCCAGGGUCUGAUCUGCAUGGUCAUGUCGAACCCUAGCAUCUAUGCCAAGAUGAUGGAAGAGAUCGAUGCUGCAAGUCGUGACGGACAUUUGUCCUCGAUGCCCCAGUACGAGGAAGUCAUUCGCCACUGCCCUUACUAUGUUGCCUGUGUGAAAGAGACAAUGCGACUCUGGCCAGCGGCUCCCAACAUCUUUCCCCGAAAGGUUGGAAAACCAGGUAUGGAGCUGUUUGACAAGUUCGCACCCGAAGGUACAGAAGUCUCAUGCAACCCGUGGGUGCUGGCUCGAGACACAAAUUUGUAUGGCCCCGAUGCUGGCCAGUUCCGCCCCGAGCGGUGGCUUGAGAAUGAUGAUCGGGCCAAGGACUUCGACAAGUACAACAUGGUGUUUGGCUACGGUCCCAGAGUCUGCCUGGGAAGGGAUAUCGCGUUGAUGGAACUCUACAAAGCCCCUUUACAGUUCUUCCGUACGUUCGAACCAGAGAUUUCAAGCCCCGACAGCAUGGGCAAAUUCGUGGUAAAGGGCGGGGUGGCAUACUGGACCGAUAUUUUCAUGACUUUGAAAAGGCGCUCGGCCGCGGCAUAG